AUGGAAGGUAGUGGUCGAAUGAUUGUUGUUGGUGUUGGUCUUAAUUCACAAGUCGGUAAAAUUAUGAGUUUACUUGGUGCAACAGGAGACGAUUCUAAAAAGAAAAAAAAAGAUAAAAGGAAAACGAAAAAAUCUCCAAAAUCUAAAUCAUUAUCAUCAUCAAAAGUAUAUCCUGAUAAAUCGGAACAAAAUGAAAAUGAACAUAAUACUGACACUGUACACAUAGAAAAGGAGAAAAAUCAAUCAACAAAAAAACAUCCACGUAUUCAUAAAUUAUCACCAUUAAAACAAAAAAAGGAUAAUGAACAAGAAAUGAAACCAACGAAAAAAGAAAAUAAUAAUAAUAAUAAUGAACAAGAAAAGAAAUCAAAUAAUGAUGAUAACCAAAAGGAAAAAUCUAUUGAUAGUGAUGAUGAAGAACAAAAGAAACAAUCGGAAGCAAAUAAACAAAAACAAGUUAAUAAUCAACUAACAACAGCAUCGCCUAUGGAACAAAAUACUUCGAAUGACAAUAAAAAUAAAUCCGAAGAGAAACAAGAAAAUAUUCAAAAUGCUAAAGAAGAUACUGAAAAGAAACCGACUGAAUUAGCUGAAGCUGCCAAAAAUGAUGAUAAUGAAAAAGGUGAAUCAAAGGCUACUAAACAUAAAUCUGUUCUUCAAACAAAAUUAACAAAAUUAGCUCUUUAUAUUGGUUAUAUUGGUAUGGCUGCUGCUUUUUUAACAUUAGUUUGUUUAAUUAUUCGUUUCUGUAUAACAAAUUAUGUUGUUAAAAAAAAAAAAGCUAAAGCAAGUGAUGUUAGUUAUUUUAUUUCAUUUCUGAUUCAAGCUAUUACCGUCGUUGUUGUUGCAGUACCAGAAGGUCUACCAUUAGCUGUUACACUCGCUCUUGCCUAUGCUGUUCGAAAAAUGAUGACAGAUAACAAUCUUGUCCGACAUUUAGAUGCUUGUGAAACAAUGGGCAAUGCAUCAACAAUAUGUUCAGAUAAAACGGGAACAUUAACAACUAAUCGAAUGACAGUUGUACAAUGUUAUACUAGUGGAAAACACUAUGAACAAAUACCAAAACAUGAAGAAAUGAAUCAAGAUUUAUUAGGACUCCUUUUCGAAUCUAUAACUGUUAAUACAAAUUAUACAUCAAAAAUAGAGGAACCAAAAGAAGAUGGUGGUGGUUUACCAAAACAAAUUGGUAAUAAAACUGAAUGUGCUUUACUUGAUUUAGUACGACAAUGGGGUGGAUCCUAUGAUGAAAUUCGUGAAAAAAUUCCUCAAGAUGAUUUAGUUAAAGUAUACACAUUUAAUUCUGCACGAAAAAUGAUGAGUACAAUAAUUAAGCGUGAUGAUGGCUAUCGAUUAUAUACAAAAGGUGCAUCAGAAAUGGUUUUAGCUAAAUGUAAAUCAAUUAUUGGUGAAGAUAAUAAAUCAAAAGAUGUAAAUGAUGAUGAAAAAAAUAAAAUAACACAUGAUAUUAUUGAAAAAAUGGCUAAUGAGGGUUUAAGAACAAUUUGUAUUGCAUAUAAAGAUCUUGGCAAAGAAACACAAAAUUGGGAUGAUGAAGAUAAAUUUGUUAAUGAUUUAGCAUGCAUUGCUAUUGUUGGAAUUGAAGAUCCUGUUCGUAAAGAAGUACCAGAAGCUAUUGAAAAAUGUCAAAAAGCUGGUGUUGUUGUUCGUAUGGUAACAGGUGAUAAUCUAAUAACAGCUCGUUCAAUUGCAACAAAAUGCGGUAUAAUCAAGCCAAAUGAUGAUUUUCUUGUACUUGAAGGAAAAGACUUUAAUAAACGUAUUCGUGAUUCAUCAGGAAAGGUUUCACAAGAGAAACUAGAUGAGAUAUGGCCAAAAUUACGUGUUUUAGCACGUUCAUCACCACAAGAUAAAUAUAAUUUAGUUAAUGGUAUUGUAGAAAGUCGAGCAACACAACAUCGAGAAGUGGUUGCUGUCACUGGGGAUGGAACAAAUGAUGGACCAGCAUUAAAACGUGCUGAUGUUGGAUUUGCUAUGGUGACUUAA